UGUCUUACGGUCCUCCGGUCAGAUGAGGGCGCACUGCAGCUUGACGUAAACGGUGUCGUGUUUCGUUGAAGGCUGACUUUUGCAGUAUAAACAGGAAGAACGUUGGUUACGUUGGAUUUGUCCCACUGUGUAUUUGUUUUAUGAAGACUGAGCAGUUGUAACUGAUCAUGGGCAAGAGCUGUAAGGUGGUGGUGUGCGGCCACGUAUCAGUGGGAAAAACUGCUGUUCUGGAGCAGUUGCUGUAUGCCAACCAUGUUGUAGGUUCUGAAACCAUGGAGACACUGGAGGACAUUUACAUAGGAUCUGUGGAGACGGACCGCGGCACUAGAGAACAGGUGCGGUUUUAUGACACUCGAGGGCUGCGUGACGGUCAAGAGUUCCCGCGGCACUACUUCAGUUUCGCAGACGGAUUCGUGCUCGUCUACAGCAUUGACAGCAAAGAAUCCUUCAAACGCAUGGAGGCCUUGAAGAAAGAGAUCGACCGCUGCCGUGAUAAAAAAGAGGUGACAAUCGUUGUUCUGGGUAAUAAGUUGGACCUAGAGAACCAGAGGAGAGUGGACAGUGAGGUGGCCCAGCACUGGGCACGGCAGGAGAAGGUCAGGCUCUGGGAAGUGUCAGUAAUAGACAGACGAACCCUGAUUGAACCCUUUGUUCAUUUGGCCAGUAAAAUGACCCAACCUCAGAGCAAAUCCACCUUUCCUCUCAGCCGUAACAAAAACAAGGGCAGUGGCUCCCUGGACAGCUAAACAGGCACUCCUCUCCGAAUUUAAAAUACAGAGGAGUUGGGAGAAAAGCAUAUUAGAUGAAGGAGAUGUGAGUUGCAUAUUAAAUAUAAGAUAUACAUGUUCAGGAUAAUGUAUGAAGUUACUGCAUUUUAUUUUCCCUUAUUAACCUCAAUAUAUUUAAAAUUGAAGAUAUUAAUAUACAGUACCCUCCAUAAGUAUUGGGACAAUAAAGGUAAAAAAAGUAAGCUACAGAAUGUCACAUUUUAUUUUUUACCUGUUUCAACAUAUACAAUUUACCAACUUAGUGGAACAACACCUUUGAAUUUUAAUUCUUAUAUCUAAUAUGAGCGUAAGUGAUGAUGCAUUUAUUGUUUACACAUUAAAAGCAAACUAAGUUUUGCAUUUGGUGAAAACACAUAAAUCAGUAUGAAAGGUUGUUGUUUUUUUUGCUGGUACAGCAUGUAUGUGUUGAAACACAAUCAAAUGCUAAUAAAAUGUAACAUUCUGUACGACAAAUCCACAGCAAACAGAGGGCACUGUUACGUAUAUCUUGUGUUAUAAAUUUAUACCACACUGAAAUGUAUACCUCUACAUUGCAAAGUUACAUAGCUGUUACUUUAUGUAAAAAGCAGGAAGGGUCAUUUGAAUUCAUUACAGAUGUAAAUGUUGACUGCUACUCUUAAGUCUUAAUUAAUACAAAAUGUGAGUUUAUAUAUAGACUCUUUGCUGGGACACAAACAUUCCUAUUAAACGUUUACUGAUUUAUUCCUCUUCUGUGCGCAAAAUAAUUUCAUGAAUGUGUUUGAGUGUCUAAGGACUUGAGAAUCAAAGAGUCGAAGUUUCACCACUGUGCCAUUGAACUGUUUGCCCUCGUGACACUGCAUUUAAGUGUAUAUAUUUAUAAAGCUAGUCGUGGACAUUGCAAAAUUAUUGCUAUUUUAAGGCUAACUGCACAAAAUCUAUAUGUUGGUGUUUAUUGGACUGUAUGAGUAUGAAGGCUAUUAACGUUGAAAAAAUACUGUUUGUAAAUUAGCUUUUAUAAAAUAGUUUACUUAUUAAAUGUAAAUGAUUAUUCCAGUUGAAGUUACACUUGUCUGUUAUUUCUCUUAUUGUUUUACUUUAAAUAUUCAGCUAAAAUUAGUUGGGACCGAAUUGCUACAAGGUCUAUUUUAAAGCAUCAAUUCUUUCUCUUUACAAGGCAUUACACUGUAUGAUUGUCAAUUGAUUAAUAAAGAUGCUUGCCUUGCAUUGUA